UCUGCCCUUCACUUAAAAAUUGAAUGUUUCACUAUGUAUUUAAAAAGCGAUUCAGGAUUAGGAGGAUGGAUAACCAUACCGGCUGUAGCUGAUGUUCUCAAAUAUUCUUGCAUUGUUUGCUGGUCUUCUAGGGAAAAGAAUAACGUGGAACAGGACCUUAAGGAGAAAGAAGAUACUAUUAAACAGAGGACAAGCGAGGUUCAGGAUCUCCAAGAUGAAGUUCAAAGGGAGAAUACUAAUCUGCAAAAACUACAGGCCCAGAAACAGCAAGUACAGGAACUCCUUGAUGGACUGGAUGAGCAGAAAUCCCAGCUGGAGGAGCAACUGAAGGAAGUUAGAAAGAAAUGCGCUGAGGAGGCCCAGCUGAUCUCAUCCCUGAAAGCUGAAUUGACUAGUCAAGAAUCGCAGAUCUCUACUUAUGAGGAAGAACUGGCCAAAGCUAGGGAGGAGCUGAGUCGCUUACAGCAAGAAACAGCAGAAUUGGAGGAGAGUGUGGAGUCAGGGAAGGCUCAGCUUGGACCUCUUCAGCAGCACCUUCAAGAUUCACAACAGGAAAUCAGUUCAAUGCAAAUGAAACUGAUGGAGAUGAAAGAACUGGAAAACCAUAAUAAUCAAUUAAAUUGGUGCAGUAGCCCACACAGCAUUCUUGUAAAUGGUGCUACAGAUUAUUGCAGCCUCAGCACCAGCAGCAGUGAAACAGCUAACCUUAAUGAGCAUGCUGAAGGCCAAGGCAACCUGGAGUCUGAGCCCAUACACCAGGAAUCUCCAGCAAGAAGUAGUCCCGAAACACUGCCUUCUGGUGUGACUGAUGACAAUGAAGUGGUGACUACAGCUGUUAGUGAGAAAGUUUGUCCUGAAUUUAAUAGUGACAGACAUUCAAAAGAGGGAGAUCCAUUUAAUGUAGAAUCAAGUUCACUGGCCGAUCCAGUUGCAGAUACAAACUUGGAUUUUUUCCAGUCUGAUCCUUUUGUUGGCAGUGAUCCUUUUAAGGAUGAUCCUUUUGGGAAAAUUGAUCCAUUUGGAGGUGAUCCUUUCAAAGGUUCAGAUCCAUUUGCAUCUGACUGUUUCUUCAAGCAGUCUUCUACGGAUCCUUUUGCCACUUCAAGUACUGACCCUUUCAGCGCAGCCAGCAAUAGCAGUAGUACAUCGGUAGAGACAUUGAAGCACAAUGAUCCUUUUGCUCCUGGUGGAACAGUUGUUGUUGCAGCAAGUGAUUCAGCCACAGAUCCCUUUGCUUCUGUUUUUGGAAGUGAAUCAUUCGAAGAUGGAUUUGCUGACUUCAGCACAUUAUCAAAGGUCAACAAUGAAGAUCCUUUCAGUUCAGCCACAUCGAGCUCUGUCAAUAAUGUGGUAAUUAAAAAAAAUGUGCUUGAUGAAACAUCAGUCCGAAGUGAAGAUGUACCCCCAGCACUGCCACCAAAGAUUGGAACUCCAACAAGACCCUGCCCACCACCACCUGGAAAAAGACCCAUCAACAAAUUGGAUUCUUCUGAUGCUUUUAAACUGAACGAUCCAUUUCAGCCUUUCCCAGACCAUGAUAGCCCCAAAGAAAAAGAUCCUGAUAUGUUUUGCGAUUCAUUCACUUCUACUACUACCACCACUACCACUACCAAUAAAGAGGCCGACCCAAGCAAUUUUGCCAACUUUAGUGCUUAUCCUUCAGAAGAAGAUAUGAUUGAAUGGGCCAAGAGGGAAAGUGAGAGAGAGGAAGAGCAGAGGCUUGCCCGACUGAAUCAGCAAGAGCAGGAAGACUUAGAACUGGCUAUUGCACUCAGCAAAUCUGAGAUAUCAGAAGCAUGAAGAAUUCUCCUGUCCUUUGUCAACCAUACAGUAUUCUUCUUCCCGAAUACUGAAGCUCUAUACAGUGUGUAUGAAAACUACCUAUGAGCAUGGGAAUACAAAAGGUUUGAGAUUCCUGUAAAUGUGACAAAAGUUUGUUUUUGUUUUUUACUCCAUUUCAGAUUUGUCUUUUUUUUCCCCCUGUAAAAGCAGUAACCCAGUCAGACAACUUCAGCUAGGCCCCUAUUCUGAUGUGCAUUUACUGUGAGCUUUUGCCUGCCUGUGCUUUUACUUGUAAAGCUAGAGCACCCAAGCUUCUGCCUUCUGGAAUAUAGAGAAAUAGUUUCAUCCCUGUGCUACCCCUUGUUCUGUAGUUACUCUGAUGAUAGCCAGUGGGGUUCUUAAAGUUUGCAGUACUCUUCUCUGAUUUGAAUGGUUGAGGGAGGGGAAGGGAAAGAACAUCCUAUUUCUUUUACGAUAGUGAAAAUUGGCUAGUUUAAAGUAUAUGUUUGUAUUUCCUUAUAAUUGAAAUACCGUUCAAUUUGUUUUUUAUAGACAAGGAAAAAUAUUUUGCAUAAAUUGACUCCACUAUUGAAAAAGGGAUGCUUUAGAUUGAACCAUUAUAGCUUCAGACUCAAUCUUUUCCUAAAUAAAAACGUUAAAGCCUCAUGUGUGAAAUAUAUUUUUAAAAAAUUUCUCUGGAUUUAAAGAAUUUUAGAUGAACAGAUCACCUCUCCAUAAUUUUAAGUGCUAGAUAGUGGAGAAAAAAGUUAAUCACCUAAAAUACACUCAUCGGUAUAAGGUAAGCAAAAAUGUUAACAUGGCAGCCAUUCUGCCAUUGCUAUGGCACUGUCCUCCUUAGUUCAUGGUAGGAUUAUUUUUAUACUUUGCAGAAGAAACUUUAGUAAGCUAGAACUGGAAGGUACUUUAAAUUGUUGUAUAUAUAUAUAUUUUUGUUUUCUUUAAUGAAGGCUCACUUACUUGAAAUGUAAAAACUUCCACCGAAUACAAAUGAGAGAAAUGACAUGUAUUAAAACAUAUUAUUGUUUUUUGUCCAUCUUUGUGGUUUAAAAUAGUUAAUUCUCUUCCUGUUUGUUUUUUUUACCUGUAAAAUUGGCAGGCUAGCAAAAAAAUCUUGUCUUUUUUUUUUUAAUUGGGAGAAAAGAGACCUGCCAAAUUGUCAAAGCUCUUCAUGUGUUAAAAGCCUGUCUCCUGUAAAACUGACCUAGCAGACAAGCUGAAUUCGAAAUAGACUGUGAUAUAGGCUGUAAAUUGUAGAAUAACCUUAGUUUUCUUUUAACAUCAGUUAUUGACUUAUAUAAUGUAUUGAGUACCAAGAUAAAGAAAUAUGCACCUACAAACUAAAAGUCUCUGUGGUCACCAAGUCAAGGUGGUAUUGAUCUGUGUUAAUCAGAGUAACUUAUUGCUUAGCCUAUGAAUAAAUUCCAAAAUACCCAAUUCAUUUUAUCUUGAAAUGGUGCUUUUAUUUCUCUCCACACACAAUUUAAAACAAACUUAAACCACAUUCUUGCACUGCUAACUUUUUUCUACUUUUAUAAAUUGAAACAUUUCAGCAUAAAAGUUAUACAUAGGAAGCAAGGGCUGACUCAUAAGGCUUUAAUUUUGGUAAACUAAUCCAGUGACCUAAGGUAUACAACACAAGUUGAUUGAGAGGAUAGUGUUGGGAGUUACGUUAGGUAAUGGUUUUGGAUUUUUUUUCCUUCCCCUUACACUUCAGGAAAAAGGUAAGUUGACUGGAAUAACCUUUUGCACUGGGAAAAUGAACAGAUGUUUGAAAUGCUUUUAAAAUAUUUUUUUUUUAAUUAAACCACUCUGGAAAAUAUUAAAUAUCUGUAACUUAUAAACACCAACCUUCGAUGUAAUAAAUGUACCCUAAUCUUAUGUAUGUUUAACUGGAUUACAUAGAUUCUUAUCUUUUGUUAAAAUAUGUAUACUCAGUGGACCAAUAUAAUAUUAAAGUAUGUAUAUAUUAUAUAAUUAUAUAUAUAUAUAUCUCGCUCCAUGCUCACUCGUAGAGGCUGAAUGUCUUAGAGUCUUUUGUGAUUACAUUUUACGCCACUAACUCUGGCUGCAGAGCCUGUGCUUUAAAAGGGCAGAUGAGUAUUCCUGAGAGCUAAGUGGCACUACUUAGAAAGUUUUAGCCAUCUUUCACAUACUUGUUCAAAUUUAUUUGGGCUCUCUAUAGACUUUUCUCAUGUUUCAAACUUCUAAAUUGUAGCCUGUAAUUAUGAGAACAAUAAACUUUAAUAAUAAAGCAUAUUAUCCAUACA